UCUAAUCACCAGCUCAAAAUUAAACCCUCUCUCUGUCCCUUUGGAGCACAGCUCUCAUUCCAUGGAAGGUCGCAAACCCCCGCCGGCGGAGAAGAGCCUCGUGUACGGAGCUGCGCCACCGUUGACGGCGGUGGAGAGAUUCUUGUACGGACAAAAGGAGGAUGCCUUGCAUUCCAAGAAACAAGAACAGUGCGGAGAUGAUCAGAACAAAGAGAACGUUAUGUCUGGUCAGAAGAGAGAGAAGACGGCGUUCUUCGCCGGAGAGAGAAAGCCCAGUUGCAAUGGCGACGUUAUCGCCAAGUCUUCGAGUAAUAAAGAUCAUAAGAGUGGACGUCGCAAUGUAACCAAGAAACACAAUUCCAAGAAUCUGAUCAAAGGGCAGUGGACUGCCGAAGAAGACAUGAAACUGAUAAGGCUGGUGAGACAACAUGGAGAGAGGAAAUGGGCGGUGAUAGCUGAGAAGAUGGAGGGAAGAGCUGGGAAACAAUGCCGCGAAAGAUGGCAUAAUCAUUUGCGUCCCGAUAUCAAGAAAGAAGGGUGGAGCGAAGAAGAAGAGAGGGUGUUAGUGGAGGCACACACAAGAAUAGGGAACAAGUGGGCGGAGAUAGCGAAGCUAAUACCAGGCCGAACCGAAAACUCGAUCAAGAACCAUUGGAACACGACAAUGCGCCGACAAAACUCCAAACGCAGACAUAAACCUCGUGGCUCCGACCUCAACCAACCCCCCGCCAAAAGACCCCAUGUUCUCCAAAACUACAUCAGAGGCAUUACCAACAACAACAGCAGCUCCAUUGCCGAGAAAUCUCUGGAUCUUGAUCAGAAAUACCCUCAAGACGAUUCUGCUUCGUCUCUGAUGGGUGAUUCUUAUGAUGAGGAGCUGUUCUUCAUGCAAAACCUCUUUUCCAACCAUCCUAUUUCUCUCGGCAACAUUUGUCCGGAAGAGACUUCCAAUCACAUGGUUCAACAACAAGUCACUCAUUCUGGAUUCAUGGUCUCUUCUGAUUCGAUCAAGAACCCUAACCCUCAUCUACACAAUAAUAACAUUGGAACUGUUCAUCAAGCACUUCAUCAUGGGGCAAUGACAACGACUCCAGCGAAUACCCACCUUUCGUCUGAUCUCUACUUGUCCUAUUUGUUGAACGGCACGGCCCCGUUUUCCUCUCCCCCCAGUUCGUCGUCUUCCAACUUGGAUUUCGGUUAUGGCGAGUUUCUUGUGCCCCAAGCUAACUCAACUGGUGCAAGGAGGGAGGUGGAUCUGAUGGAGAUGCUCUCUAGUUCUUGUCAAGGCAGCAAUUUCUGCUACCCAUUGUUCUAGCUAUCCAGCAAUUACCAUAUGAAGAUGAUGACAACUCUAUCAAAAGAACUAACCAUAUAGGGUUGUCUUUCUUUGUUAGAACUAGACUAGUUUUCAUCUCUAGUUGACUCUUGAAUUCCGGUUUGUUUCUUUCCAUGUGGUGAAUGAAUGGAAUAAUUUAGUUUUAUGGGAACUUAUGUUUUACUAUCAUUCUUUCUAGCGAUUGAAUUUGAA